AUGUUCUGUUGGAUUUUCUGAAUUUGCUGCUCGAGUCAGUAUCAGCCUUUUGUUGCCUUUUUCUGUACUUUCAUCUUGUUGCAGGACUUUGUUUCACUGUAUUGUUGUGUUUCUAUUUAUAGCUCGUUUCUGUAUAUUGUUGCAUGUUUUCUUUACUUGCACCUAGUUUGCAUAUUUUCAUGUACUUGCCGCUUUUUUUGUACUUUAUUGUAGACAGACCUAUUUUCUGUACUUGCAUGUUAUUGCAGUUUGCUUGUAUUUAUAACUCGUGUCUGCAACUCUGUAUUUGGUUUUUAACUGAUGCGUCUGCAUUUUUUUUUUAUAAACACCGAUAAAUGUUGUUUUCUUCACAAUUGCCGUGCUCUCUGCGUGUGUUUUCUCUGAACCCUGCCUGCCAACCCGCGGAGCUCUCAGAGGUCGCAGGUGGAGGCCGCCCGGUCCUCUCCGGGAAGCUCCACUCCGUGUUUUCCGGGCGAUUUUAGCGAGCUCCUCACAGCCUCUAGCUGGUUUUUACUCAACUCCUGUCCUGAUAUCACUCCGCUGCCAUGGUGGAGAAGCGGACCUGAUUAUUGUGAUGGUGGCAGGCGGCAGCCAGUGACUACAGACUUCCGCCACCGCUUCCCAUAUCCGCGUUUUGCGCCGUCUGCGCUUCUCUAGUUGCCUCACAACCGGACUACCGAGGGCGCUUGUGCUCUUUCCCCAACUCAACAACAUCUUCACCGGGAUUUCUUUCAAACCAAAACCAUAUGAGAUGCAAGUUCACUGGGAAACUCCGGAACCCGUUCGGUUUAGGCAGCAAAACUUUUUCUCAAAGGACAACACGGUAAAACGGCGACCGGACUGUCGCUGCCGCCGCCGCCGCUGCUCCUCCGCGGGACGGGUGGUGUGUAUAUGACCGCUGGGUGCCUGCUAUCGGUCAUACCUUCCGCCGUGUAUUGUUGUUUUUUUUUUUUUUUUUUUUUUUUUUUCUCAACCCGAGGAGUUGUUGUUGUUAGCAGCGUGGCAGCGGCUUUAUAGUUGAAUCCGGCCCGGGUCUCGGUCGGGCUGCGAGUUAUUUUGUGUUUGUUUGGUGGCGAGGAAAGGAGCAGAGACGGUCAGCCGCGACCCCUGAGCCUCAUGACCGCCGGGCUCGCAGCCCUUUAAACCUCCCCCGGUUGUCACAGCAGCUGCUCUCGGUCGCACCUUCCGCCCGCUGCCCGGCUGCUCGGGACCUUUCCCCGAGGAGGACGCACACACAGAGAGGACACUAGGUGGUGGAGGUGGAGGUGGCUGCAGGAGGAGGUGGUGGUGGUGGUGGUGGAGGUGGCGGCGGUGGCGGUGACUGGGAGAAAAGUUCUUCCAAAAUAGCAGCCACUCGGCCCAGUGAUGGGGGACUUCGCCUCCCCCGCUGCCGGACCCAACGGCAGUAUCUGCAUCAACAACAGCAUGAACCCGGCCGCCGGGAGCGUGGUGCCCGCCGGGGCGGUGGGCAUACCUAAACACAGCACGGUGGUGGAGAGGCUGAGGCAGCGGAUAGAGGGCUGCAGGAGGCACCACGUAAACUGCGAGAGCAGGUACCAGCAAGCCCACGCCGAGCAGCUGGAGAUAGAGCGCAGGGAGACGGUCAGCCUGUACCAGCGGAGUCUGGAGCAGAGGGCCAAGAAGUCCGCCGGCGGCAGCAGCAAGCAGCCGCAGAGCAAGCAGCCGGACCCGGACUCAGCCUCGUCCACGGAGCAGAGGAAUAACACGCUCAUAGCGCUCCAGGAAACUGUUAAGAGGAAACUGGACAGUGCGCGAUCGCCCCUCAAUGGAGACCAGAACGGCAUCUGUGACGGAGGCAGCUACUCACCGACCACCAAACGGGUACGGAAGGAAGGCUUGGACUCGCUCGCGGGACUCCCUAACAACAACAGUGGCAACAACGUGCCGCCGAUCUCUCCACUGCAUCACCAAAUGGACAUUAAACCUUUACUCGGCGGACCCAACACUUCUACCGGAAACAACACUACAAACAGCAAUGGCACCCAUGUAGGCCAGGCGUCGGAUGAUCUGGGGAAGAACGGAGGCAGCCAUCUUCCAGACAUGAAGCUGAAUGGCUCGUUAGACUUGGAGGACAGCUUUGGCCUCUUGAAGGACCUGAAACAGGAGCCGCUGGAUGACCCGGGAGGAAUGGAGUCCUCCGACCCCCAAUCUCUGUCCAAUCAGAGACUGUUCUCCGACAUCAACCUCAAUGACCAGGAGUGGCAGGAGCUCAUCGACGAGCUGGCAAAUACUGUGCCAGAGGACGAUAUGCACGACCUCUUCAACGAGGACUUUGAGGACAAGAAAGAGGCAGAGUUUGGUAGACCGGCAAACAAUCAGACCCCGGGCCCACAGGAAACAGCUGGGAAUACGACGGCAGGUGGAGGAGGGGCAGCGCCAACGGCAGCACUGCCUCCUCCUCCACAGCCUCCCCAGGGAACUCCACAGGGUCCCAUGGAUUCACCACUACAGGUGCGUCCAUCAUCGUCCGGCCCUCAGUUUGCCACCACUGCCAAUGGAACACCUCCUCAGCAACCUUUGCAGCAGUCUCCAGCCGUUGCCAUGGCGUCGGGGUCGCCACUGCACAACUGUGUGGCUCGCUCGCCUCAAACUCCGACCCAGGCUCAGACGCAAGCAGUGUCCAGGCCUGGGAACGGAUACAUGAUGAACCCAGGCCCGGGGGUCAGUCAGGCGGGCACAGGACCUGGUGCAGCUGGGGUCGCCCCCGGAGGUCAGUCUGUAGGGCCGGUGACGAAUGAACUUUCUCCAGCAGAGCAGCUAAAAGCAAUGGCUCAGCAACGUGCUAAACUGAUUCAGCAGAAGCAGCAGCAGCAGCAACAAGCAGCUAACUGGUCCCCUGCAGGCGCUCCAACAAGUCCCUAUAACUCUGGUCCCUUUAACCAGGACAAACCCAACAGUCCCAUGAUGUACCCACCGCAAGCCUUUAACACACCGCAGGGCCCCCUAGUGGCUGGGAUGGCCCCCAACAAUGGGCCUAAGACCCCCAUGAACAACUACCUCCCUCACAACCACAUGGGCAUGAUGGGCCAGCAACAACCAAACAGCAUAAACCAGAACACCCUGUCCAAACAGCAGCAGCAACAGCAGCAGCAAACGGCAGCCAUGUUGUCUUACAACAACACCAAACCGCUCAGUCACUUCAGUGGCGCUGGGGUGGAUCACAUGGGUCAAAGGAUGACGCCGCCCAUGGGAGGAAACAGCCAGGUCAAGAACCCCAUGAUGCCUCCUUACAUGGGUGGUGCGGGAGGUGGCGGCCAGGGGGCAGGGCCCGGGCAGACGCAGGGACCAAUCCCAGGACAGACAGCCCAUCUGAGCGAGGAGCAGAAGAGGAUGUUGCUGAUGAAGCAGAAAGUGUUGAACCAGAACAUGCCCUACAGCACCAUGCAGCCUCACGGACAGGAACAGGGUGUGGUGGGAAUGUCGAGACCGCCUGGUGCCAUACCACCUCCUCACCCUGCUGGGGGCGUGGCCUCUGGGGUGGGCCCAAACCAGGGGUCGGGUCCCCCUCCGGGCUACGUGGGAAACCAGCAGCAGGCGGCCAUGAUGAAGCAGAUGAUGGCGAUAGAGCAGGAGAAGAGGGUGCAGAUGCACAUGAUGGAGCAGCAGAAACAGCAGCUUUUACGAGAGCAGAGACAACAGCAACAACAACAACAACUACUGGCUGAACAGCUCCAACAGCAGCAACACCUCCCCAGACAGAUGGGCCAGGGCCAGAGGAAUCCAUAUCCCCAAGUCAAUCAGUACCAAGGUUCUGCUCAAGACUUGGCAACCAGGAAUCAAGCCCUCCAGAACAUUCGGGCCGCCCGUCUCCUACAACAACAGCAGCAAAACCAGCAGCAAAUGGUCCAGAUGGGUUCUGUUCAGGGCCAGGGAGGCUCUGUGGGACCCCAGACUGAAAUGGGACUACCCUAUGGUAACCAGGGGUCCAACCAGGGUUCACUGUACGGGCUCAACCCCUCCAUGAGCCAAAUGAUGCACCAGCAGCAGCACCAGAGCCAAAGCGUCCAAGCCACCAUGGGUAUUCCACCGCAGCACAACCCAGCCGCAGGACCGCCUCGGCAAACAGGUGCAGGCCCUGGGGUUGGAGGUAUGCCUGGAGGCCCGGGAGGUGGCGGAGCUGGAGGGUAUGGAGGACAAGGGAUGUUGAUGAACUCCAUGACCCAACAAACCCUCAAAGGUCCCCCUAACGCCAAAGCCCAAGCACAGAGACUGCAAAGCAUGCUGGGAGCAGGAGGAGGAGGCGGCGGCGGAAUGGGGGCAGGUGGCUGGCCACAGCAGCAAGGACAAAGUUUGCAGGCCAUGGGGGGCGGAGUUGGAAGGACUACAGGAGGAGGGGGAGGAGACAUAGUGGGUUUCAGUUCUGCCCAGGGCUACGGGAUGCAGCCAGGCCAACCGCCACGCAUGGCCAAGCAACACUUUCAGGGCCCAGGACAGGGGAUGAGUCAGGGGAUGGACCCCAGGGUGGGCAACCCGGCUGCGGGUAUGGGUGGCCCAAUGAUGGGCCCUCACAUGGGUGGUCAGCCCAGGACCAACCAGCCCCGGCCCAUGGUCAUGAGCCAGGGGAUGAACCAGGGGGUGAUGGGCCAGGGAAUGAGCGGAAUGGGGGGCUUUGGGCCUGGCCCCGGGGGACCCGGAAUAAGUGGAGGGGGAGGAGGAGGUGGACCCUAUGGACCAGGGGGAGUCGGGGUUGGAGGUCAGCCACAGGGCUACCAGAGGACAGCCAAUCAGGACAUGUCAUCCUAUGGGUAUGGGGGCGGGCCCUCAGGUGGAGGAGCCUUUGGAUUGGGCGAUGGCUCAGGGGCAGAGCUGGACUCAAGCGAUGGCUGGAUGGAGGAGUUUUUCCAGAGCCAAUAGCCAACGGGGAAACUUUUUACGGGAUGAACAUUAAAGUAGGACAAAUGUUAAAACCUGAGAAAGUAAAACAGAAAAGAUGACACGAAGUGGACUGACAUGUUUUUGUUUUGUAAAACAUAAGCAAGGUUAUAAAUGAGUUCUCGUGUUACGUUUCGUGGGUAUGAAUGUGUGUGAGUGUGUGAGAUGGAGAGAGAGAUCACGUCUUGUGCAUAUUAAUGAAAAACCAAUAUAGAGAUUAAGAGGUGUGUUUCAUUAGUUUCCCUUUUUCUCCAGGGAAUGAAUAUCUCUCAUGUUUCAUUGUUUGAAAGUGAUUUCAUUUACACAGCAGCAUCUUUGAGCCCGGGCUUCAGAAGGGGCUGAUUGAAAACCACAGACUGAUGAAGGGGAAGGAAGACUUAUUCUCGAGACAGCAAUUUAUUUGUAUUUGUGUGUUUGUGCCACCCAGCUCAGUGCUUCAGAUCUCUCGCAACUCUGCGAGGAGCUGAGGGGAGUAGAAAGCACUCUCAGCGCUCCCAUUUCCUCUCUUAGAUUUGUUCCCCCUAUUUUCACACACAAACACACAAAUCUGUCUCCCUCACACUCUCUCACUCUCUUCACUUGAUCUCUUUCUUUGUCAUCCUCCUCCUUCCCUCUCUCCUCCCGUCUCUGUCUUUCCCACCCGCUCUCCAGAGACUCGUUCUUUGCUCUUGAAACUCCUUUUUCUGUUUAAAUUGUGCACAUCGCAACAGAACAAAUGACGUUCCUCUAUUGUGCCACACAAGCGCACUCUGCCCUCUAGUGCUUUUGCUAGGCAACCGACUUGGGUGGCGUUUUUUUUUUUCUUUUCUUUUCUUUUUUUUAAUUUUAUUUCUGGGUGGUGCGGGGUUUCAUUUCCUGUGUUGUGUUGCUGUGGAUGACAGGUGUGCAUGAAGAGGAAGACAAAGGGAGUGAAAAGCAGAGGAAGGGGUUGAAAGUAGGCAGCUAAAGCAAGCACUUGGACUUGUACACACACACACGCAUAUAUACAACAACAAAUAGACAAACAAGCAUCCAUGCGGAAGGAUGUGCAGAUGUAGCAGGCAGCUAACAGAGCUAAUAUUACAUGAAACGUUCUGCCUGUGCGACACAAACCACAUCACAUGCAUCAGGCUGACAAAAAGCAAAACGAUCGCUGGGCACUGAAUGUAUUCAAGCACCACAAGUGACUUCUUCUUUUUAAGGACAAAGAAAAAGCUCUUUGAAAGACCACCCACAUUGUUUUGUUUGUUGCUGUGUGUUAUCUCUAACAAUGAUUUCUAGUUGUGACAAUUAAAAGAGAGGGGGGAAGUUUAAAUUAGCCUUCUUUUAGUCCGUCUUUUGAAAAUCAGUCUGUCUGCCUCAGCGCAGCCUUCUCCUGGUUGUCAGUCAGUGUAGCUCUGCUUUACAUCUCGUGGCUCUUCUUGUUCUGCAGCUAUAGAACGCCCUCGCUCCAAACUAGAACGUAAACUGUGCUAUACUGUAACACUACUGUGAAGAAAUUGCCCCCUUCCAGCGCUUUACAAGGAAAAUGAACCACUGCUAAAGCCUUGAGUUUGUUUUAAAGGCAUCGGAGAAAACUUCAGCGGGCGAUUGGGCGUAAAGGGUGACCACGGAUAGCACCAGUUAGCAUCAGUGCUUCCUCUGAGGUCAGUCGCUGCCUUCAAAUGGUGUCACUUUUCUGUGUUCACAAGGAGUUCUCAACGAAAACAACAACAUUUAAAAAUAUGAGUCUGAUAACACUCUGUUUGAAAUUCGUUAUGAGGCAUGUUUCAGCCGCUAUAGAAGAAAAAAUACCUGUGCACGCAAUUGUCCUCCAACCAAUCAGAGCCAAUUUGUUGGAAACGAAUUCAACUCUGGAGACAUGUUUGAUUAGUUCGCCAUUAUUCUUGUGUCAAACCAUUGCAUUGGCUCAGCAGGAUUUAGCUUCCCAACGGAGAGACUCCAGACCAACUGUCUGGAAGUUCGGGCGUUUCAGAUUCAAAUUUCUGAUAAGAUCCUCGUUCGCCAGUUGUGCACACGGCCUCUUGUGUAACAACCAUGAGCUCCGUUUGAAGGCAACAGGUGUCUCCCUUGUAGAAAACUGCAGGCUUUACUCCAGGCUGUGUCCGCUCCUUUGCCCCGAUGUUUGAGUAAUAAAUAUGUGUCAAAUAGGUUUUAAUACAGUAGCUGUUGGUAACACCUUACAUCUCUAACUGUUUUGUAAUCUUGGUCUAAAGAUGAAUGAAAGCGUGUCUGUACGUGCAUUUCUUUGUAUUUAGCUCAUCAGAGUGAACGUUCGGAGGAUGAUGCUGUAAUCAACAAAACCAAAAAGCCUUCUUCUCUGUAAACUAACUCCUCGUCAUCAUCUGUUCUCAUGGCUGUUGGUGUUGUAUAAUCCAACCCUUUAAAUACAAACUUUAAUCACCGCGCCCGUCGUCCUAUGAGCGUUAGGUUCUGUACUUGUUUUUUUUUUUUUGUCAUGUUUGGGGAGAGGACGUCCUCCUUCUCACUGUGCUGGUGAGUUUUGAAGGUCGGGGGUGGACAGAUGCGCGGGGUUGUAGCAUUCCCCGGUUUUAACAGGGGAAGUUGGUGAAAUAAUUAGACCCCUGUGUCACUGGAUAAACUCUUGCAUUGUUGAGCCUGCCUCGUGCAGCGGAAACAAUGGAGCGCUCACAGUUGCAGGGGCUCCGGCGGCUCCACUGCUCAUGCUUCCAAAACUUUCACACCAGUCCAGUACUGCCAGCAGGCUCACGCGUACACCCAGAGCGUUGGAUCAGUGUGUAGGUAAACAUCUGAGGUCAACCACUCCGAAGUGGAGGCAGGAAAGCAUGGAAACACUUCUCAGUGUACAGGUCGCAGCCUUCGUGACCUUUCUGUCCUCUCAAAAGUGAGUUUCUGGUUUGAAAUCCCUUCAGGAAGAGAAAGGAAGCUUCCUCCAAAUAUCAUUAUGUACCGGGACCAAGUCUGUAGACAACAUUUUAGCAAAAAUUGUUGUUAUUGAUGUUCUUUGUUUUAUUUUUAUUAUUAUUAUUAUUUUUAUUUUUUUUUUUUACUGGUGCUGACAUAUAUGUGAUAAUGAGAAAAAGUAUAUAAAAGAUAAUGGCUAUUUGUAAAUAUGUUUUUACAGGUUUAAAUACAUCAGAUAAUACAGUCUCUACUCUGUAAAGAAUUUACUGUUUGUUGGAAAAUAGAGAAGUAUUUUUAUUUUGAAGUUUUUUGGUUUCACUUUUAACCCAUCUGAGCUAUGCCAUUGCACUUCAGACAAUGUCUUACUACUAAUUUGUAUUGUAAACCUCCUCUCUUUUUUGGAAUUUUUUUCAUUUGUUUUUUUUUUUUUUUUUUCUAGUUUGGUUCUUAAGCAGUGCUUAUUUCUUUUUAUCCUGUACAGAAUUCUGAAAUGUUAACAAAAGAGAAUUACAGAAGACUUUUUUUUGUUUGUUUUUCAAAAAGAUACAAUAAAGAGAGAAUGUUCUCGCUGAUCAUAUUAAAUGAAA